AUGACGCCUUCCUUCAAUUGGCCCGCAAUUGCAGUGGCCAUUGCCGCGGUCUUCCUUUUCUGGACCCUCUCAUCCACAAGCUCCUCCCCAUUCAUGCGGUCCUUCCCACGACUACAAAACAAGCGGAUCUGUCUGCUCAUCGCGCAUCCCGAUGACGAAGCCAUGUUCUUUGCGCCAGCGGUCUUGGCCCUCACCAAGCCAGAGCUAGGAAACCACCUGAAGAUCCUGUGCUUUAGCACCGGCGACGCAGAUGGCCUCGGGGACGUUCGCAAAGAGGAACUCAAGAAAUCCGCCCUCCAACUCGGCGUCCGCGAUCCAGCAGAUGUUUUCGUCGUCGACGACCCGGCCCGAUUCCCCGAUAGCAUGAGUGCGAACUGGGCCGAAGACGACAUAACCUCUCUCCUAGCCUCCGCAUUCUCGCCCGACCUAGCAGCGACCCUAAACGGCACCACGAAGAAAAAUCCCAAGAAAGCGCCCACAGCCACCAUCGACAUCCUCCUCACCUUCGACCGUCACGGCGUUAGCAACCACCCCAACCACCGCUCGCUCUACCAUGGUGCGGUGAGCUUCAUCCAGGUCCUGAUGAAGGGCAAGGAAGGCUUCGCUUCGCCUGUUACGCUCUAUACGCUUACAUCGCUUCCGAUGAUCCGCAAAUAUGCCGGUGUGCUUGAUGCGCCGGUGACGAUGGUCCAGGGUGCGCUGAGUAACAUUUUUUCUUCUUUUGGGUCGAAGAAAAAUGGUUCGGCAGUGGGACCGAAGCGACUGCUCUUUGUAAGCUCUAUUCGGGAAUGGAUGACGGCGCAGUCGGCUAUGGUAAAGGGUCAUAAGAGUCAGAUGGUUUGGUUCCGCUGGGGCUGGAUUACUAUCGGUCGAUAUAUGACUGUCAACGACUUGCAGCGCGAGAAGGUCUAG